AUGGAAGGAGGAACAUAUUUCCGGGUAAGAGUUAUUGUGGAUAUGAACAUUCCAUUAUGUCAUGGACACAGAAACUGCGACAAAUGGAUUGAGAGCGAUGGCACUCUGUCCACAGAUGAUAAAGAAUAUGAUCCAUGGAUUAAAGCUUUACCAUUGGCCAUGCCGAGGAAAGCAGUAAUCAAAGUUCCAGGUUACUAUGAGUCAAGGAAGAAGGAAAAGGGGCUGUCAAGGUCUAACCGUGACUCAACAGCAGGUGAGGAAGAAACGACGGUGACAACUCCUCCGACGAGCACAGUACAGAAAGGGAAACAAACGGAAUCUAUGGACAUAAUUAAUGAGGGUCUAAAGGGGCAAUCAUUAGAAUUAAAUGGCAUAACGGCCCAUGCCAUAAAAGGAGAUAACACUUAUAGCACGUUAAGAGACACGAACGAGAAGAAAUUCGAAGUUGAUCCUGACAGUGAAGCAACCCAUAAAUGUGGAUUAAAUAGCCAUGAUUCUAGGGCAACAGUUUCAACGUCCAAGCGCAAGAUCCUCAUGUUCUUAGCCGAAACAUGGCUAGACAAAGCUAGGCUAAACAGUUUGAAAGAAAGAAUGAAGUUUGGAGAUUCAUUUGGAGUUUCACGAGUCACAAGAGGGGGAGGAUUAGCUUUGUUCUGGAAAAAGGAUAUAGACUUAGUGGUGGAAGAUGCUUCGCAAAACUACAUUGAUGCCAUCAUCAAUAAAGGGAAGGAGGGCAGUUGGAGAUUUACAGGUUUCUAUGGCUAUCCGGAGACACAAAACCACCCUGAGUCAUGGAGAAUUUUGAGAAGGCUGCAACGACAAUCCAACCUACCUUGGCUAUGUGCAGGAGAUUUCAACAAGAUUGCAAAGUCUCAUGAAAAAGUAGGUGGUAGGCCAAGACCGAAUCAGCAGAUGCAGGAGUUUCGAGAUGUCCCUGAUGAGUGUGGUUUCGUCGAUCUGGGGUUUGUAGGGAACAAAUUUACCUGGUAUAAAUCUUAUCCGAAUGGGACAACGAUUUGGGAGAGGCUUGACAGGGCUGUUGGAUCACAUGAUUGGCUGAGUUUAUUCCCUGCUACAAAGGCCUGCACGCUUGAAAGUGGUACUUCAGACCACAAGCCGAUCAUCAUUCACCCAAUGGGAAUCAAUAAUCAAAAGCAGAGACCUUGGAGGUUCGAACAGAUAGGCGAGAAAAAGAAGCUACUGAAACAGGCCGAAAACCUUGCUCUUCAAGGAGCAAACUUUGAUAUUGUUCAGCAGCUAAAACAUGAGAUUAAUGCACUUUUAGUAGCUGAAGAAAAAUUAUGGCUUCAACGUUCAAAAUCCCAUUGGAUUGCAUCAGGUGACAAAAACACAAGUUAUUUUCACAGCAGGGCAUCACAUAGAUUUCGGCGCAAUAAUAUCCAUGGGCUUCGCGAUCAAAACAAUGUUAUGUGUACCGGGGAUGAAAAUGUCUCAAAACUAUUGGUGGAGUUCUACACCGACCUGUUUACCUCCUCAAAGCCGAGCGAAAUUGAUAAGGUGUGCAACUUAGUCCAACGUACAGUAACUGAUAACAUGAAUGUUGUCCUUGGUCGAACCUUCACAAGAGAAGAAGUCAAUAUUGCUCUCUCCCAAAUGGCCCCUCUAAAGGCCCUGAGACCAAACGGUAUGCCCCCUAUUUUUUUCCAACACUAUUGGGGAGAAAUUGGCAGUGAUGUAGCAGAUGCAGUCCUCUCUUGUUUAAACUCCGGUCAUAUUCCACCAGGUAUAAAUCACACCUUCAUAACCAUUAUUCCCAAGGUGAAAAGCCCAGAGAAGGUAACUGAAUUUCAUCCUAUUGCCUUGUGUAAUAUCGUGUAUAAACUUAUUUCCAAGGUUUUGGCGAAUAGAUUAAAACAGUUUUUACCUAAUAUUAUAUCUGAAACUCAAAGUGCUUUCCAAUCUAAUAAGGCAAUUUCAAAUAACAUACUUGUUGCUUUUGAGACUCUCCACCGCAUGAAGACCAAGAGAUCCGGAAAAAUAGGCGCAAUGACUCUCAAGCUAGACAUGAGCUAA